AUGGCAUCUUCGGACAGCGCGGGGAGAGACUUGCCGGCGGCGAGGGCGGCCGCGGCGGUAAACGACCUGAUCGAGGUGCGCGAGGGGGCGAUGAGGCUGAAGGGCAUGCUGCAGGAGCAGUCGUCGGGUUUUGCAGAGCUGAUGGACGGGAUACUAAACAAGCUGUCCAGCGCUCUGUCGGCGUUGGACACCGGCUGCACGGCCGGAGCAUCCGCGUCCGGGGCGUCCGAUGGGGUGAUCAGGGCGAGGGCGGAGAGCUCGACCGGGAGGACGAGGAAACGCAGCUUCAGCAGAAGAUUAGAACGCUCAUCGGGCAAGCGAGUAACUGACACGCUGGUUGAUGGUCACAUAUGGCGGAAAUAUGGGCAGAAGGAAAUUCAAAACUCAACUCAUCCGAGGAGCUAUUACAGGUGUACGCACAAAUCAGACCAAGGUUGCAACGCCAAGAGGCAAGUCCAGAUCUGCGAGACCCAUCCAAUCAAGUACGCCGUCACGUACUACGGCGAGCACACCUGCAAGGCCCCCUCCAAUACCCCAAUGAUCAUAGUCCCCGCUAGCGGCGACCGCGCAGACAACCUCGUCAGUUUUGCCCCGACGUUACCUCAGUUGCUCCCGGCCACUACUCAGCUGUCGUCCUCCUGGUGCACCAGCGUAGACGACGUGUUCAGCUCCUCGUCCGAUCCGUUCGUGCAGGCAGACGAGCUCGCCGUCAUCGUGGGAUCGGCCGGGAAGACGUCCUCAACGGUGGGGUCGGUGCCGGACUACAGCGGGAGCGGGAUCGGCGACAUGGCGAGAGGCGGCACGGGCAGUUUCGCGUCGUCGCCGAGCAGCCUCGGGUUCGUGGUCGGUUCUCUGGGCAGCAUCGUUGAUGACGAUUUCUUCCAGUUCGAUCCAUGA